UCAGAACUUGGCAGUGGCCAACAGCUGGAAAAACUGCCUAGAAAAUCUAAUGGAUGAAGAUGAGAAAGACAGAGCCAAGAGAGCUUCGAGAAACAAGUCUGAGAAGAAGCGUCGGGACCAGUUCAAUGUGCUCAUCAAAGAGCUCAGCUCCAUGCUGCCCGGGAACACGCGCAAGAUGGACAAGACCACCGUGCUGGAGAAGGUCAUCGGCUUCCUGCAGAAACACAAUGAAGUCUCGGCACAGACGGAAAUCUGUGACAUUCAGCAAGACUGGAAGCCUUCAUUCCUUAGCAAUGAAGAGUUCACUCAGCUGAUGUUGGAGGCAUUAGAUGGCUUCAUCAUCGCAGUGACGACAGACGGCAGCAUCCUGUACGUCUCUGACAGCAUCACACCGCUCCUCGGGCACUUGCCGUCGGAUGUCAUGGAUCAGAAUUUGUUAAAUUUCCUCCCGGAACAAGAACAUUCCGAAGUUUAUAAAAUGCUUUCUUCUCAUAUGCUUCUGACGGAGUCCCCCUCCCCAGAGUUCCUAAAAUCGGACAACGACUUAGAGUUUUAUUGCCAUCUUCUCAGAGGCAGCUUGAACCCAAAGGAAUUUCCAACUUAUGAAUACAUAAAAUUUGUAGGAAAUUUUCGCUCUUACAACAAUGUGCCUAGCCCGUCUUGUAACGGCUUUGACAACACCCUUUCGAGACCUUGCCGGGUGCCACUAGGAGAGGAGGUCUGCUUCAUCGCCACCGUCCGGCUGGCAACACCGCAGUUCUUAAAGGAAAUGUGCAUCGUUGAUGAACCUUUAGAGGAAUUCACUUCAAGGCACAGCUUGGAAUGGAAAUUUUUAUUUCUGGAUCACAGAGCCCCUCCGAUCAUAGGAUACCUGCCCUUUGAAGUGCUGGGCACCUCGGGCUACGACUACUACCACAUCGACGACCUGGAGCUCCUGGCCAGAUGCCACCAGCACCUGAUGCAGUUCGGCAAAGGGAAGUCAUGCUGCUACCGGUUUCUGACCAAAGGGCAGCAGUGGAUCUGGCUGCAAACCCACUACUACAUCACCUACCACCAGUGGAACUCCAAGCCCGAGUUCAUCGUGUGCACCCACUCGGUCGUCAGGACAAGGACUCCAGCCUGGAUGCCCAGCCACACUUCAGCACGCUGGACGCUGGCGCCCCAGGCCUUGACGCCAGCCCCUCGCCAUCCGCGUCCUCGAGCUCCCACAAGUCCACUCACACCGCCGUGUCGGAGCCCGCCUCCACUCCCACCAAGCUGAUGGCCGAGGCCAGCGCCGCAGCUGUGCCGAGCUCACCUGCCCUCCCCCACGAGGUACCGGUGCCCGGGCUCAGCCAGGCGGCCACGAUGCCAGCGCCUCUGCCUUCCCCCUCGUCCUGUGACCUCUCGCAGCAGCUCCUGCCUCAGACCAUUUUGCAGAGUCCGCCCGCCCCCGUGGCACAGUUCUCCGCACAACUCAGCAUGUUCCAGACCAUCAAGGACCAGCUGGAGCAGAGGACGCGGGUGCUGCAGGCCAACAUCCGGUGGCAGCAGGAAGAGCUCCACAAGAUCCAGGAGCAGCUGUGCCUGGUGCAGGACUCCAGCGUGCAGAUGUUCCUGCAGCAGCCGGCUAUCUCCCUGAGCUUCAGCAGUGCCCAGCGGCCCGAGGUGCAGCAGCAGCAGCUGUCGCAAAGGGUGGCUGCUGUGUCUCAGCCCCAGCUUGUGACAAGCCCCCAGCUUCCGGGCCAGAUGGCCUCGGCCCAGGUCACAAGCCAGCACCUGCUCAGAGAGUCCAGCGUGAUUGCGAGCCAGGGUCCGAAGUCCAUGCGAGGCCCCCAGGUGGUUCAGGGGAGCAGCCGCUUGGCCAGCAGCCUGCCGCCCCCCUUUGGCAGCACUGCGGCACUGCUGCCCCCGGCUCUGAGCCUGGCCGCCCCCGUGCCCACCUCCCAGGAUGCCAGCCAGUGCCAGCCGGGCCCCGACUUCAGCCACGACCGGCAGCUCAGGCUGCUGCUGAGCCAGCCCAUCCAGCCCAUGAUGCCCGGCUCCUGUGACGCGAGACCACCCGCAGAGGCCAGCAGGACAGGACAGCACGUCAAGUUCGCACCGAGCCAGGCCGCGUUUCCCAGUCCAGACUCGCACCCGGCCAGCAGCAGUGCCUCGACGCCCGUCCUGCUGAUGGGGCAGGCGGUGCUGCACCCCAGCUUCCCCGCCCCGCAGCCGGCCCUGCAGCCGCAGCCGCACUACCUGCAGGCGCCGACCUCUUUGCACAGUGAACAGUCGGACCCGCUGCUCCUCUCCACCUACUCCCAGCAGCCCGGGGCCCUGGGCUUCGCCCCGCCACCCCCCGUGCAGCCCCCGCCCACACGCCCACCCCGCAGGGUCAGCCGUGUGUCCGAGUCGUCGGGCCUCCCGCAGCCGCCCCGGUAGUGCGCCGGCACUGGAGUGGGACACGAUCAGCUCCGACCGAUGGACGAGGGGUGGUGACGGGAGACGGGAAAGCGGUCUGAGCUAAAGCCCUGGCUUCCGGCACCUGCGUACAUUUCGGAGCGCCUGGAUGCACCGCGGAGGGCCGUGCUUCCGUGCCGCGAGCUCCUCGGCGCCCUCUACAGCCAUACGGGAUGGAACCGAGCGCCCAGGCGGGCGGCGGGGCUCCGUGCACCUGCAGAGGUAGCGCCCCGGCCGCCUUCCUGGAGGGUGCACGGGUUACUCCACGCAGUGGCCCUGUCCCCACGCCCCAGCUGGCCUUCGCUGUCUCAGCCGUGUUUCUUUGCAUUGGAGAAGGACUGGGUCCAAGAUCUGUUGCAGAGAGAGAAUAAAGAGAUUAUUUUUCAUUAUUUUUAAAUGGUUGUUUUUGUUUUGUUUUAAUUUGCACAGCUGCACCGAGGAAGUAACUUAGGCACUUUCUGUUCUUAAAAAUAAUAAAGUCUCAUGACUUUAUUUGGAGCCCACGUUGAUAAACACGGCCCACCAAUCAGAUAGCGAGGCUAUCUCGGUUGUUCGUAACCGAGCCAUAGACCCAUUUCCCCUGCAGACCCCAACCCUAGUGGAGUGAAGCUCUUCAGCCCCAGCGCUCCCGGGUGAUUCCCCCUACCAUAACACUGGACAAUUUCCUGUUUACGUUGUUGAUUGCAACUACAAAGGUGGACUCCAAGCAAAGCACAGUCUUUCAGCUAAUGCAGAAUUCUGUAGAGAACUCUAAGAAGGGAAGAGGUUCCCCAGGUCAGGCUCCCACCCCAGGGGUGCAGACCCCAGGAGCCCCCCUUAAGUGAGGGUACUGCAUCUCUACUUAUUCUUCAUGAUGAUUCCAAGAAUUGGGUUUUUCCUUUUCAAAUGCACUUUGCUUUUUUUGUAUGUUUUGUUAAGUUGGGAUGUUUCUAAAGAAAAGAUUUUAUGUAAUUAUAAGAGGAAGUGUAGUGAACUGUACAGCUGUUGUAAUAAUGACCUAUUUCUAUAUAAAAUAAAAUUGUAUGGAUUAUGUGUAAAUUAUUUUGUAUCUGAGACACCAGUUCUUUUCCCAAAUAUAAAAAUAUAAAAAGUU